UUGUGGUGGUGGUGGUUGGUGGUGGUGGGUGGCGGUGGUUGGUGGUGUUAGUGGUUGGUUGGUUGGUGGUUGGUUGUUGUGGUGGGUGGUUGGUUGUUGUGGUGGUGGUGGCGGUGGUUAUUGGUGGUUGGCGGCGGCGUGCGUUGUGGGCGUUGUGUUCCAGCAGCAAGCUGCUCAAGGCGUAUUGCCCCCUGCUGCUUCGCUACAUUGUUCGGCAUUCGGGACGCCAAGUUAGGCGAGAGAGGAGGAGAAGGAGGAGAGGAAGGAAGAGAAGAAGGAGGAGGAGGAGAGAAGGAGGAGGAGGAGAAGAAGGAGGAGAGAGAGAAAGGAAGCAAAGGGGAGGGCAGGAGAAGGCGUUCCUCUCCAAACUUUGAGAGAAGGAGGAGAAAGAAUAAAAAGACUCCAACCCAAGCGACGAUCGUGCGGCGCGUGUAAAUGCCGCGGCCGUCCGGAGCCCACGAUGAAGAAGACAAGCAGACCACCGAGCGCGGCCGCCCCUCCGUCGGGGCCCACUAAAGGGCCUCCGCACGGCAGUGCCGGCGGCAACGUGGAGCGUGCCCCUGCGCCCUCGCACGGGCACAGCGGCGUCAAGGCAGCCAAGGCCUCUGCGGGGAGCAGCGGCAUGUCGGGACUUACAAAGAGCCAGAGCAGGGAUGACCUGCUGGGCGGCAGCAGCAGCAGUGCGGCUGCCCAGGGCUGUGCAGCUCCAGCAAGGAAACACUCGGUGCCCUCGGCCAGCGUCACGGACCAGAAAGCUAAAGGCACCACGGGCAUGAGCACAGCGGCAAAGCGUGCCGCCGCCUCCAAGGACUCGGCGUCGGCGUCCCGCGACAAGGCAAAGGAUCGCCUGCGCCAGGGGACAAGCAAGAAAUCCUCAUCGGGGCCUGCGUCGUCGUCUUCAUCGUCUGGGCCCAGCACGAGCGAGCAUGUGGCCUCACGGCGUCCGUCGCGCAGCCGCCUCACCGACGCGGGCGAUGCUACGCGGCCCGGCGGUGGCGGGCGGACCCGGACGGCCGCAACGGAUGGGCACGUCCAAGGUGGUAGCGGCGAGCAGGCGGCGCUGGAGGCGCGCGUGAAGGCGUUGCUAGCGUUAGCCGAGAGCAAGGACUCGGAGAUCGGCCAGCUGAAGGGGCAGCUGCGUGCCAUGAAGGCGCAGCUCGGCAUGGAGGAAGAGCUCGAGGCAGAGCCUGAGCCUGAGGUGGAGGUGGAAGCAGAGGUGGAAGCCGAGGUGGAGCCGGAGCCAACUCAGGCGCCUGCGGCGCAGGGCAUCUCGUGCGAUGUAGAGGCGGCACUGGGCCAGCUGAUGGAGCAGAAUCGUGCCAUCCGCGGGGAGCUGAGCCAGCUGAAGAGCGAAAACCGCAUGCUGAAGGACCGUCUGAAUGCACUGGGCUUCUCACUGGAGCAGCAGCAGCACCUGCAGCAGCACCACUCUGAGCGGCUGCAGAGUCUGGGCAUGUGCGGCGGUAUCGACCCGCUACCGGCGUCGGCGUCGUCCCGUGAGGGCUCGUCGCGUGGCUCUCUGGAGGACCUGCUGAGCCAGGAUGGCAGCAGCUGCUGCACACUGGGAGAGUCUCAGCCGCUCAGCAACUCGGUGGACAACCUGGACAGCGAGUCGAGCGAGCUGCCGCCGUACGGGGGCGCCACGUCGAGCGACGAUGCCCUCGACGCCUCGUCCGAGUCGGAGGGUGGCCCCACGCCUGCCCCGGACGUGGAGCGCGACCCGGAGCCGGAGUUGGAGCUGCGGCCGGAGUGCGGGCAGCCGCGGGUGGUGCAGGCGGUUGGCAAGGCGGGUGUCGGAGGGGCAACCGGGACGAGUGAGGUGUCGGUGGCGUGCCUGACGGAGAAGAUCCACCAGAUGGAGGAGAACCAGCACAGCACGUCGGAGGAGCUGCAGGCCACGCUGCAGGAGCUGCAGGAUCUGCAACAGGUGGCGCAGGAGCUGAGCAACGAGAACGAGCGACUGAGCGAGGAGCGCGCCCUGCUGCUCGAGUCGCUGUGCCAGCAGGGCGAGCGCCUGGACGAGCUGUCGCGCCAGGCUGACUGCUACCGUGCCAUGCUGGCCCAGGAUGGCGGUGCCAUGCCACCGUUGCAGGCCGGCGACAUGGGCGCUUGCGGCGGCGCGGCGGGAGACGCGCUGGGGCUGAAGAGCGACGGGCGUGUGCAGGAGCUCGAGAGGGGCUACCUGCAGCUGGCAGAGAGUGCGCAGAUAGAGCAGGAGCAGCUGCUGGGGGUCCAGCAGAGGCUCACGGCGGCGCUGCAUGCGGCAGAGAACGAGCACGCGGAGGCAGAGAGCAUCAUACAGAACCUCAAGGAGCGAAACCGGCAUCUGGAGCGGCUUUUGGAGGCGGAGCAGAAGAGCAAGGCCCUGCUGGCAGCAUCCCUGGAAGAUUACCAGGCGGCGGUGACGUCCGGCAAGCAAGAGUCCGCCCGCCUCAAGGGACACCUGGACGAGGAGAGGCGGCGUCUGGCCGAGCUGUACUCGCUGCACAACGCGGGAGAAGACCUGGACCUGUGCGUCCUCCUCGACUCGGCGCGGGCCGACAAGGAGCGCCUGGAGAGCAUGUGCGCCAACGUGCAGGAGGAGUUGGAGCACAGCCAGGCCGAGGGUCACAAGCUGCAGACCGAAAUUGAAAAGCUGUCGGAAGAGCUGAACGAGGAGAAGCGGCAGUGCUCGGAGAUGGCGCGCACGCUGGAUAAGUUGCGCGGGGAGCUCGAGGAAAAGGAGACGGAGAUUGCCGACAUGAAGGAGACCAUCUUCGAGCUGGAGGACGAGGUGGAGCAACACCGUGCCCUCAAGCUGCAUGACAACCUCAUCAUCUCCGAACUCGAGGGCACUGUUCGAAAGCUGCAGGACCAAACGCACGACUAUGAGCGGGAAAUCAAGAUCCUCAGACGCAAGCUGCGGGAUGAAUCGGAAGAGUGGCGGCAGUUCCAGACCGACCUGCAGAUGGCCGUGGUGAUAGCCAACGAGAUCAAGGCCGAGGCUCAGGAGGAGAUCGACGAGCUGAAACGGCAGCUGCAGGAGGAGCAGGAGCGGAACCAUAAGCUGUCUAUGGAGUGCGAGGAGCUCAAGAACCGCAGGCACGAAGGCCACCACAAACGUACCACACAAUGGGCUUCCAUGAAGAAGCAAGAGGAGGAACACCAGCAGCAGGCCCAGCAGCAGCAGAGCCGCAUGUUCAAGUUCAGCCCAGCGGUGGAGCGCGACCUGGCCGCCCUGAGGCAGAGCGUGGUGAGCAGCCGCAAGUCGUCGCUCGCCGCCGAGCCCUCGCCCACCGUCAAAACGCUCAUCAAGUCGUUCAACAGUGCCUCUCAAGUUUCUCGCGGCGCCGCCAGCGCCGUGCCCACCUCACCCCGCACGCCGCUCAGCCCCAGUCCCGUGAAGAUGCCACCUGCUGCCGCCGUCUCACCCAUGCAGAGACACUCGAUUGCGGGACCCGGAUCGCCAGCUGCAAAGCCAAUAUCGGCACUCACCGACAAGCGGCCCAGCUUUGGAGACCUGAGUACCACAGGCGACUUGAUUAUGAGGGCGGCAGCAAGUCGAGGUACGACCGGUUUGGGUCGGGCGAGUGCUCUGGACUCCGCUGGAGUUCUGCGGCGGGGCCCAGAUGAGUCCGGCCGGGACCUGAUGGUAACGGACGGCACGUCACCAUCGCCGUCCGCCACCCUGCCUCCCGGGGCCUCGGUCUCCCCCAAGCUGAGCCUGCCGGGCGGAUCGGCCACAAUGUCCGUCAGCCCCACCCCACGCAGUCGCAUCAGUGAGGAGAGGAAGGACCCUCUCGGGGCGUUGGCCAGAGAGUACGGGGGUUCCAAACGCAACGCUUUGCUGAAGUGGUGUCAGAAGAAAACGGAGGGCUACCAAGUGAGUAACAUUGAUAUCACCAACUUCAGCAGCAGCUGGAAUGACGGCCUGGCAUUCUGCGCGCUUUUGCACACCUACCUACCAGCUCACAUCCCAUAUGCCGAGCUGUGCAGCCAGGACAAGAAGAGAAACUUGACACUUGCCUUCCAGGCUGCGGAAAGUGUUGGAAUCAAGCCCACGCUGGAUAUCAAUGACAUGGUACACACCGAGCGACCAGACUGGCAGAGUGUCAUGCAUUACGUUACAGCCAUUUACAAGUACUUUGAGACCUGAGCGGCUGUUGGCGAACGCAUCUUCGGAGGUCCGAGAAGCAAAGUUCGAUGAAAUCUCGUUGAUUUACCUAGUGAAGCGCAGGAGAAAAAACGUCAUCGACUUGAACGUAAAAAGACGUUCGCAUCGCUGUCCUUUCACUUCUAGAACACUCCGUAAAUGAACCAGCGAUUCCAUCCUGAAGAUGUUGGCAGGGCUUUUUGCACGCACACCUCCCAGAAUUUCCCCCUUUUUUUUUACCAGGUAUGGCCCACUGAGCUCUAUAGCUCAGAAGCGACAUGGCCACACAUAAUAGCUCAACAAAGUGGCUUAUCCUGUGGAAAUUGAUAGCCAAAUUACUCUAUGUGUGUGACGUUGAUUCUAAAAAUAGAGGGAAAAACCUAGAGGACCCGGAUAAAAAUGCACGCGACCACGGGGAGAACGUGCAAACUCCAAAUAUACAGCAGCAGGCGUCAGGGUCGGGAUCGAACCCACGACCUCCUGCAUACCAGGCGAGUUGGUUAACGUCUCGCUACCGUGGCGCCGUGUUGAUGCUACAUUGUAUGGGAACACGAAGCCGCCAGGAUGGGGUCUAGUGCGUCAGCUGAAUUGGGUACGGGGAUGACGAGGAGGCUCAGGUCGUGAAGGUGGCCGGCCGGCAGGCUGGACAGCGUGGCUCUGUUGAACCGCCUCGGCCCGCAGUCGCGCUUCCAAAACGUCGUUGACCAAAGGUCUUCAAAGAUUUUUUGUUUUGUUUCAAGUCAGCCUUGAUAGCAUGGAUUAUGUCACCCGUUCCGGAUGGCCGACCGUCAUUCCAUGAGCGUUUAUGUAGCGUUAACUUUACAUUGAAGGUGAAGUGUAAUUAGGGGGGGGGCAGUCACUUGAAACAAUGGAGAAGAAAGCAUUAUUGUGAAUUAUUUAACACAACUCCAGUAUUUGCAAUGUUACAUUGCAGUAUUUGUCUUUUGUUGUCAAGUAGAUAAAUGAAGGAAACACUAAAACAGCUGGUUUUUUGCAAAUGUGUAGGGAAAUAAGGCUGAAGUCUUUGACACUAGUUUUUGUAACAAGUUCCUUACAUUCCACAUUUUAUUACACUACGCAGACAAUGUGGCAUUUCAGCAGAAGAUUUCUGCCUCGUUUUGUCUAAAGAAAUAUUUAUGGUGGUAACGUGUGAUGCUUAAUUCACUUAGAGGACUGGCGAGAUUUGUAGUUUGUCUGGCAUUACUCAUGCUGUUCGAGCCAGGGUUGUUUGUCUGUUUUAUGGUCACGUUCUGAAAUGUAUUUUUUUUCUAUAAUCACGUUUGAGCCAAGUGUUUUUUGAGUGGCCCCAAGCAGAAGGGAACGCGGAAUGUACACGCGGAAAAGACUUGACGUUUUCACGCCGCGAUAUAAAAUGCACUCCCGCGCCCUCCAAUACAUGACAUUGACGGUGCAUGAGCUUGUACAUUCAUGGUAUCCGCCCCCCCCCAACCCCGCGGUCUGAGCAUUCCCAUCCGUCGGCGAUUAAUGUGAAGUGCACUGGAAACAUUUAAUGAACGGUAAACGGUUAAACACUGGGUUGGUGAGCUCCCCAUCAAUCCGUGCCUCUUGUUGUGCGCCCGCCCGCCUCUUAUACUGCCUGGUGACGGUGUCCUCCUUUCGACCGACGCAGCUCUUUAGCCUGUGUCCUGGCCAGAGAGAGUGGAGGGGGUGGGGGAGUGAGUCAGUGGGUGAGUGAGUUAGUGGGUGAGUGCCCUUGCUUGCUUAUGUGUAGAGAGUACUUGCAUGUUGUAGGCGAGGUAGAGCAGCGUGAAUGAAGGUGAAAAUUGCGGACGGCUUUUGUCGAGUGGAAUUGGAAAGGACGUUGAAGAAAAGGGUCCUAGAGAGCAGCGUGAACCGAUGAUUUUGCUGGCGGAUUUCUUGUGAUUGUUAAGCCGUGCCUCGCCCACAUUGGUUAGUGGAUGCAGGCGCGUGGGAACAUUUUGCAAGUUGGGGUGGGGGAGGGAUUAAGUAGUGAUGGGGUGUUCAUUAAGGCAAUUAAGGGGCCACGUCAUAUGCUUUGCCCCUGCGCAAAGUGUAACGGACAGAGGGAGCGAAUUCCCCUCGUCCCCUACAUUCCCACGCCUAUGGGGUGGCUGCUUCACUGAAUGGCGAUGUAGCGCGGUGAGAAAUAUCCCGUACCUUGCACCACUCGCUCGCUCACUCUCCCUGCUCCCAACAGUUCAACGCCAAUUGGGUCACAUGUGCUCAAAGGUGCUGGGUCACAGUGCCUGGUUUUUAAAUGGGAACGCGGUGAGGGCACGGACAGGGUUGGCCUGAAUGUGUGCCGCGUGCGUCUGCUACUAAUUUACCGCAAUCAACGACGGGUCCUCCGACACAAGGGAGGUCAUCUAUUUGUUUUUUGAGCAGCUAGCCAAUGAAUGCCAUCUAGCAAAACCGCAUGGGGGGGGGGGGGGGGAUUGUUGGAAUGGCGUGAAACCGUCCUUUGGAAUUCGUGUCCGGUAUUUUCACACAAUACUUGAACGAUACAGGAAUACAUUAAAGCCAGUUUUGCACAAGCGACAUCUGUAUGGUGGACGAUUGCAUGGCUUGAAAAUGUAAAUGAAUAACGGCUUAUUGACAUGUACAUUCUCAUGCACCCCCCCCCCCCCCCCAACCACCGCCAAACUCGACGUUACGUUAUAAAGUUCACCCGUAUUUUCUCGCUACGCACCCGGGCGGAAAUUGUGGAAAUGUUCAAGGUGGCAUUAAUUGGCGGUCAUACUCCUAAAUAUGGGGGGGGGGGGGGGUGUAUCCGGUUCUCUGUAGAAAUGCUCCUCAUUAUCCCCUUGUCCUCCUCACUCCCCCCAACCACUACCCUGCAUGUUCCACGACUGCUGCCCCUUGUCAGUGGUGUAAUGUCAGGUCGGUGUGUGGAAUGCGCACACCGUGAAGACAAUUCUGGCUAAUUAGGGACAAGCAUGGUGCUGUAAAGGAGGUGACGUUUUGCAUAAAUUGCUCUUAUUUUUGUUACGUGGCUUAGCUGACUCACACUUCCAUUGAGAUCUGUUUCAAGAUACCUCGGGCACUUGCAUUUUUGGUUUGUGUAAUCCGUAGAUAAUGCCGAUGGAAGAGAAAAAACCACUAAAUCGCAAUACCAUGCAAUGCUACGUAGGUCAUUUGAAUAGACCUCGGUGAAAGUGAAUGACGGUUGAAACAGUACAUGAAUGUGAUACGUGUCAAGUCCCAAAUGUGUGUCUGUUCCAACGGCCAUGGUGGAGGUGAUGCUCAUGUCUGUCAUUGGCUGUGACAGCGGCGAAGACUCUACAUUCCUAUGACAGGGACCAGUAUUAUCGUAUGGACCAUGCUUGACUUUCCAACAAAGCGGUAUCGUAUUCAUUUUAUUUACCACUGAGAGAUGAUGGGGUUAUAGUUCUGGCCACCUUGUGUUUCUUGCCGAGUAAAGCCACGCGGCCGGUCGAGGUGAGAUUCAUCACAUUUAACGGUUUUGUAGGAUUUCACUGCCCACCCCGUGCCCCUUUUUUCCGUGCUGUUAACGGAGAGAAUGGUGACGUGUGUUCAACAAAUUUCAAAUGCCCCUUUUCUACAAGCAAAAGUGCAGGUUUCCAUUGAAUUGAUUGUACACGUUUUGUCGCGUGAAAUAGCCGUUGGGCUCGUACAUGAACACACAUAUUUUAUGCUUUUUUUUACAUACAUUCUUUUCGAUAAGUGAUAUUGCUGACAACAAUAAACAGUACAUAUUA